AUGGCUCCCUACAUCACCGAGGAAGAACUUCCUCAAGCAAUCCCAACUCCAGUUUCUAAAAACCUCAUCGACGACGAGGAAGGAUCUUCACCUCUACCCACCAAAGACCACCACACCUCAUCCUCCCAAACCCCAAAACCAACCUACCAAUCUAUCUCUCAACACCGCCAACAACAAAUCACCUCCUCUAUUCCACCACAAUGGAUUCUUCCACCAAAUAUCCUGGAAGCAUCUCGCAAACACCCUAUCAAUCUUGUAAAAACAUGUGGUCUUUUGAGUGAAAGAGAGAUAGAGAUUGUGUAUAGUAAUGCAGUUACUUUACUUGAGAAGAUGAGGAGAAGGGUGUAUACGGCUGUGGAGGUUACGAGGGCAUUUUGCAUGGCGAGUGCUGUUGCGCAUCAGGCUACAAACUGUCUCGCCUGGACCAUGUACGACUCAGCUCUUUCCCGCGCCGCCGAACUCGACGCCUACAUGGAAUCAACAGGAAACCCUAUAGGACCUCUCCACGGUCUCCCAAUUUCAGUAAAAGAACAUCUCUAUCUCAUUGAUACACCCUCAACCUCGGGAUUCGUAGCAUGGGCCAAUAAUUUCUGUGCGAAUAAUGAGCAGGAGGGCGUUUGUGUCAAAGUUCUCCGCUCAUCUGGUGCAAUUUUCCACGUCAAAACGACUAAUCCUCAAGGUCUCAUGGCUCUUGAAACUUCAUCAAAUCUUUACGGUACUACUACCAAUCCUCUUAAUACCACACUUUCCCCUGGUGGUUCAUCGGGAGGCGAAUCAGCGUUGAUAGCUAUGCAUGGAUCUAUUUUAGGAAUUGGUACGGAUAUUGGAGGAAGUAUUAGAGUACCUGCUAUAAGUUGUGGUCUUUACGCAUUAAAACCUAGUGUGGCACGACUUCCGCAUUCCGGUUUAUCUGGUGCUCAUGAUGGAAUGGAGAGUAUAGUUGGAGUAGUGGGUCCAAUGGCUACUUGUAUAGAUGAUGUAGAAAUAUUCUGCAAAACAUUGUUGGAUGCGGAGCCUUGGAGACAAGAAGUAGGAUUAUUACCUAUUCCAUGGGGAUGUCGUGAAAGUAUCGAGUCAAAAGGGGAGAAAGAGGAAAUGAGAAAAUUAAGAAUAGGUAUUAUAUACACCGACGAAGUACACACACCGCACCCACCCAUAACACGAAUUCUGCACCACACAACCUCUCAGCUAAAAACCUCCGGACACGAAAUCCUCCCCUUCCCAACACAUCUGCACCGUCCCAUCACAGAAAUAAUAGACGCGCUCUACCUCCUCGACAACGGCGCCGAAUACCUCACCCAUCUAUCCCACACCUCAGAACCCGCUACCCCACUCCUCCAAUGGCUGCUCUCCAAACCCAGCACCCAAUCUCGCAGUAUUCCCGAACAAUGGAUACUCCAUCAACAACGAAAUCAUCUACAAGAUGCUUAUGCGAAAAUUAUGGAGAAGAUGGAUAUUGAUUGUAUUAUUGCGCCUGGGGGUGUGAGUGUUGCGAAUGCGCAUGGAGAGGCGAGGUAUUGGGGGUAUACGAGUGUUUUUAAUGGGUUGGAUUUACCGGUUUUUUGUUUACCGGUUGGGGGGGUGGGGGAGGGGGAUGGAGUGGAUGAUGGGUUUGGGGUGGGUGGAAAUCGAGAAAUUGAAGGAGGAAAGGAUGUUAAAGAGAAGACGGAAAUGGAAAAACAAUGGGGUGAUAAUGGACAAGGAGCUAAGAAGUAUGAGGGAGGAAGUGUAGGAAUACAGAUUGUAGGGAGGAGAUUGGAAGAAGAGAAAUUAUUGAAGAUGGUGAGGAUUAUUGAGAGGGAUUUGGGGUUGGGUUUGUGA